GUGAGCUUUGCGGUAGGAUUGUCACUUAUUUGCGCGUUUCGUUGAUUGCGGCAAGAAUGUGGAUUCGGUGUGCAGUAUUUUGUGUUUUGUUCUGUCUAGGGCACUCCUCUCUGAAAGACCUCAUUCCACUAGAAAAACCAGAUAACCUAACUCUGAUAGAUUUCGACGACAGAGAUGUUAUUAUCACUUGGGACCCUGUCGAUCCUACCACAGUUCGAGGCACCUUCAGGGGCUAUUUGGCCAGAGUUUGGAACCACGCCCUAAGCCAAGUCUACGCCAUACCACCAGAGAUCACCAGAACGGCUGUUCAGUUUUUUCCGUACUCGAAAAACUUCAUAACAGUCGCCGUUCGAAACGACAAAUUUGUUGGACCGAGAAGCAACGCCAUCAGCUUUGACGCUCCCCAAACAGAACCCAACAUGCCUUCUCCAUUCGAAUACCGCCAACUCGGGUCUAAUUCUGUCCUGCUCCAAUGGAAAAAGCCUUCUCAACCCAAUGGCGUCCUGUUGGGCUAUAAUAUUUACUGCAGCGAGAUGAACGGCGCUAUGGUCAACGAAAAAACAACCAUUAAAUAUUUCGUGUCGGGUGGAGACAACCUCCAGGCUAAACUGACUGGAUUGAAGGAGGAAUUGAAAUAUUUCGUCCAAAUUGGCGCCGUCAAUUGUGCCGGAGAGAGCGAUCACAAAGUCCUGGAGGUCGAACUCAAACCCCACACCUCCCAAGCCCCUUCCAUGUCUACGUUCGAAUACAAGAUAGGCUACAACGUGACAGAUAAAGAGGACCUCAUGAAAGAAAAAUGCUUCGAGACUUACCAGCGCCCAUUUCACCAACAACCCAAGACAGAAGACCUGGUGGACGACUUCUACAUCCUCAACGAACAGGAAAAGGGUCAAAUCGUCACACCUAGCCCGCACGCCAAUGAAUGGUUAGAGACCAACGUGUCCUGUUUAGUGAAUACACUCAUCAAGUGGAUACCAGACGUGGACAACAACCCUGGAGAGUACUUCUACGUGAAGUACCGCACCAAAAACGAUGAGGAGUACGUAAAAACAGCCCCACAAAUGGAUGAGGAUUAUGUUAUUCUGGAGAAUUUCAAUGCCUGCAUUAAUUACGAGAUUAUUUUGGUUGCUGUGGAUGGCGAGUUUGAGACGGAGAGCGAGCCCCAGGAGACACCGAUUAUCGUGUUUAUGUUUAAGAGGAACUAGGUUUGGUUUUGUAUUCAAUUAUAUAUAAGUAAUAUAUUCCUCAAUUUAAUUAUAGUAAA